AUGAUAUCCCCGAGGCAACUUGAAUACUUGAUGACCGAGUGGGUAACGGCGUCUUUGGAAGCAAUAAUUGCGCACCGGCUCUUCCCCUUGAUCGGCUCGCCUUCUGGAAAGCGGGUGAACGUGCUUUGCCCGACGCACGCGUGGGGUGAGCUGGAGCUGGCCCUUUCAAGCGGCCCGGGCGCGUCGGAGUGGGAGGCGACUGGCGGAGAAGGAGUCGGGAGCGCUGCGGGGCAGUGCAGCCGGAGCUGCGGGAGGCCGCUGCGGAGCGCGUGUCAGUUUUCCGCGGAGUUCUCUCCGGAGUCGGCGCGGCACUUCCGCGUGGAGGUGCCGCAGCUCGAAAGCCUGCGGACGGCGCUUCUGUGCGACCCCAAGUUCAGCUUGCAGCGCUGCUGGCAAAUCCGAGUGGCAGUGGGGCUGCGGCUGCCGGGGGCGCGCGGGGCCUCGCGGGCGAACUCGGAGAGCGGCUUCGAAGACGCGGACGCGGGCGAGGGGGCCCCGGCCCUGCGGCUCAAGCGGGGCGAGGGGAGCGGCGCGGGGCGCCCCGGCGGGCUUCCCCACGGGGGGCUUCCGGAGGCAGCAGCGCCUCCUCUGGCGCAGCCCCGCAGCAGCAGCAGCAGCAGCAGCAGCAGCAGGAGCGGGGGGCGGGGCGGGGCGGAGAGGGGGGCCGACGCGCGGGGCGACGGGCUGCUGUCGGAGAGCGAGUUCAACAAUUUGGACGAAGAGCUGCUGGCAGCAGAAGGCGAGGAAGAGAUGUUGGAAGAAGAAAUGAAUUCUGAAGACCGGCUGCUGCGCGAAGACGCGGAGUUCAGCAGCUUGUGGCUCGACAGCAGCAGCAGCAGCAGCAGCAGCAGCAGCUGUCUGUACGCCGCAGCUGCGCGCGCGCAGGCCCCGCGGCUCUCCGCGCCCCCCGCUGCCGCUGCUGCUGCUGCUGCUGCUGCUGCUGCUGCUGAGCACUGCAGCGCGACUCGGAAGCCUCCGCCGAGUCCGCAGGAGCUGCAGCAAAUUCGAGAAAGCCUCCGCAGCUUUUUGGCUUCUCCCGCUGCAGCAGCCAUCUUGCAGCCCCUGGGGGAGUUGGCCGCGGCGUUACAGUCGCUGGAGGCUGCUGCGCGGGCCGGCCUUUUCGGCUUUGCAGGCGAAGAGGGCGGGGCGGGAAAUGCCGCACUUUUGGAGGCAAAAGACUCCAAAAAAGGGCCUUUUGGAGCGCCAAAGGCCCCUUUUUCGGAAACAAAGGACAGCUUUCCAGGCCCCCAAAGGGCCCCCUCUUGCUGCGGACUGCCGCGCCGCGUUUGCUGUGCUGCUGCUGCUGCGGCUGCGGAGAAACUCGAGCAGCGGGCGCUGCGGGAGCUGGCGCUUUCCGAGCUCGACGUGGAGAUCUUUGGCUUCGGCAGCAGCGAGCUGGAGGCCCAAAAGGAGGAAACGUUCGGAAAAAAAGACAAAGGGGGAGGCGGAAUAAGCGGGUCUUCUUCGAAUCCGGAAAAGCUGCAACGCGCCAGCUCGAUCCGGCCCGUGGCUCCUUAUUGUCUGCUUCCCGCGGAAUCUCUGGAGCCCAGCGCUGCUGCGGAGGAGGACUUGUCUUUUUCUCUUUUCGACGAAACUCUUUGCGGCAUUUCUGCGGAGAAGCUGGAGCUGCUGCUGCAGGAAGAAAGCGAAUGCAGUUCCACUCCCGGCGAGUUCGUGCAGCAGCAGCAAGGCGCAGCUGCUGCAGCAACUGCAGCAGCAGCUGCUGCUGCUGACGCAACUGCAGCAGAAGCGCACAGAGGCCGGGACUCAACGCUGCAGCAAACAGAAGCAGCAGCAGCAGCAGCAGCAGCAGCAGCAGCAGCAGAAGAAGAACAGGCGAAUGGCAGCGAAGCGCUGGGAAGCUUGUGCGGCUCUGUGGAGGACUUGGCGAAGGCGCUGAAGGCCUUUGAAGCCAAAACGCCGAGGAAGCAAAAAGCGAAAAGCCCUUAUCCACUGCAGCAGCAGCAGCUGCAGCAGCAGCAGCAGCUGCUGCUGCUGCAGCAGCAGCAGCAGCAGCAAAAGCAGCAGCAAGCUGAGGAGGCUGUCUUUUUCGCGUUGCUUCUGACAUUUGCGUCUUCUGUUUGCAGCAAAUCAGUGCAUGCUCUUCUGGGCUUUUCAAGUUGUUGUUUGUUUGGUUUAGACUUCUCUUUUUCAUUUGCUUUUUGUAUUUUCUUUUUAUUUUCUUUUUCUAUUUUCUUCUUUUAUUUUCUUCUUUUCCAUUUUUGGACUCAACUCACAAGACGCGCAGUCUGGCCUUUUUAA